UCCCAAGAAGAACUGCAAGAGUAUUGCAAAUGUUCUGGGAUCACAUAUGUGACUCUUGUCUCUGAGAAAGAAGGAAAUCAUGUAAAGGUGAAAUCCUUCGAGAAGGAAAGGCACACGGAGAAAAGGAUUUUAGAGACUGAGCUAGUAGAUCACCUGGCCCAGAAACUGAAGACUAAAGUCUGCGAUGAAAGAAGUAACAGAGAAACUUCAGAUACUCUCUCAGUACAGAAUCUAAAAGGAUCAUUUGCUAAUACUUCAGGUUUAUUUGAACCACAUGGAACUUCUGUAGUGCCAAAUGUGAGUGUUAUAGCUCCUGAAAAAUUGCCUGCCAGUGUCAGACGGCGUUAUGAAACUCAGGUACAAACAAGACUCCAGACCUUCAUUACUAAUCUGCAGCAGAAAACAAGUGAGAUUGAAAUUUUAGCCGUAGAUCUGUCAAAAGAAACUCUAAUACACUUCUUGUCACUAGAGUAUGAUGGAGAUGAACAAGCCUUUUACACGACUGUAAAACAACUGAUGUCACGAUUACCAAAGCAGAGAUACCUACAAGCCGUUUGUGAUGAAAUUUACAAUAUCAAAAUAGAAAAGAGAAUUCCUGUGCUUAUCCUGUACUCUUAUCGAGAUGACUGCUACAAAAUUCUGUUUUAGUUCUAAAUUCUGUUGGUGGGAUGCUUAAAUAGCAUGUGACGCUACCAAAAGAUACAUAAUCUGGAACCAUUAAUUAAAUAAUGUGAAAUAAUUGUUGUACAUUCAUUAUGACUUUUGAUAUAGGAAUAUAUAUACACUUCAUGAAAUUUCAGUAAACUGUGAUAUAAAGAGACUUGGGCAAUUACUGCCUUUAUUUUUUUAGUGUGUAGUAGCCAGCUUCAUACUUUGCAUUUUUAUAUGUAAAAUGUAUUAAAAGUGUCAUUAAAAAGUUCAAAAUAAA